GUCGGGAGGGGUCCGCGACCGCAGCGGGAGCGGGAGCGGGAGGCUCGGGCCAUGGCCGCCGACGUGUUCAUGCGGCCGGGCCGGCUUCCCGGGGCGGCGGGGCCCGUGCCGCGGCGGGCGGAGCCGGACGAGGACUCCUCGGACACGGACGAUGGGGGCUCCCCGGCGGGGCGGCGGCCCGGGCCGCGGCGGGGGCAGCCCGCGGGGCCCCAGAUCAUCCACUCGGGCCACUUCAUGGUCUCGUCGCCGCACAGCGAGCACCCGCCCAAGAAGGGCUACGACUUCGACACGGUCAACGAGCAGACGUGCCAGACCUACCGCUUCGGGGCGGCGCGGGGCGGCGGCGGGGCCGGGGGGCGCCUCAGCAUCGACGCCUCCCUCACCAAGCUCUUCGAGUGCAUGAGCCUGGCCUACAGUGGGAAGUUGGUUUCACCAAAAUGGAAGAAUUUUAAAGGUUUAAAACUUCAGUGGAGGGAUAAAAUUCGUCUCAACAAUGCCAUCUGGAGGGCAUGGUAUAUGCAGUACCUGGAGAAACGCAAGAACCCAGUGUGCCAUUUUGUGACUCCACUAGAUGGCUCUAUUGAUGUAGAGGAACAUCGGCGGCCUGAAGCCAUUGCAACAGAAGGAAAAUAUUGGAAAAGAAGAAUCGAAAUAGUCAUCAGGGAAUAUCACAAGUGGAGAACAUACUUCAAGAAAAGGUUACAGAAACACAAAGAUGAAGACCUUUCAAGCUUGGUGCGGGAUGAUGAUGUGGUUCUCUGGCAUCAGAGUAGAUAUGGCAGAGAAACCCCAGUCCCUAUGGAGGAAGAUUCCUUUCUGGAUGCAGACAUGCUUAUGUCUGAGUUCACGGACACCCUGUUCUCUACGCUUUCUUCACAUCAGCUGAUUGGCUGGCCAAAUCCCAGAGAGAUAGCACACUUAGGAAAUGCUGACAUGAUUCAGCCAGGACUUAUCCCUCUCCAGCCAAACCUAGAUUUCAUGGAUACUUUUGAAUCUUUUCAGGAUAUGUUCUCAUCCAGUCGCUCUGGCAACUUUUUCACUUCUCUCCCUGCUGCCAGUUCUGCUAUGACAGAUACCAGCAACCAUUCUUCCCAGUCUUCUGUCCUGCCCUCAUCAGUACCUGCUCCUGUCAUUCCUGAUGUUGCUGCUAACCAAUGCUCCAAUAUUAGGAGUGGGGGCUCUUUCAUCCAGCCGUCAGACUUCAAUUCCAAUUCAUCUCUAAGUGCCCAGCAGCCAUUUCUUCCGGCGUUCCCAGCUCCAGUGUCGCUGUUGCAGCCCACUGUCCCACCACAACAAGCCGCUUUGCCCACGGUGCCUCUGAAUGCCAGCUUGAAUUCUCAGCCGUCUGCUUUUACUGCUCCAGAAAUCCAAAAGUCUGGCCUCUGCAAAUCUUCCAUUGUUACCCACACGGCUUCUCCCACCCUGACCCACAAUGCCUCUGCUACCACCUUCAGCCAGAGCCAGAACCUCAUCCUGGCAACACAGCAGCCAGGGGGAGGCGUGCCUUGUAACCUGACUCUACAGACUGCUGUCCUGCAGGGGCAGCCCCGGCCUCAGCUGCAACCCCACCUGACGUUUGCACUCCCAAAAGCCAUUCCCCUGGCAAAUGCUGGGACAAGACCCAAACAGCCACAAAAAAUAGUGCCUGCUGCAAAGCCUGAAACGGUGUCCUUAGUAUUAAAAAAUGCCUUCAUCACCCCAGCUGCCUUUCAGGGACAGUCCAGAGCUGUGAUCGUAACUCCAGCACCUUUAAAAAGAGAGGGGAUUUUGACUCCAGCCAUGUCUCCACCUAGUGUUGUAAUUGCACCAGCUGGAAUUGCCAGAGCUCCCAGGGUGAUGGAAUUCCAUAAUAACAUUCUGGUUGGUCAAGCACAGAAAGCUCCGUGUAACCAGCAAGUCCAGUCCACAGUCUCGCAUCGCUUCUCUCCUAGUGCAGUCCAAGAUGUGAAAGGAGAGCAAAUCCCUUCCAACAGUACCUGUUCACAAGUUCCCUCACCUACACUUAGCCGAGAUUGUCAGAAUUCAGGACAGGCCUCUCCCUGCCCAUCUGAACAAAGCCCCAGUCCUCAGUCUCCACAGAAUAAUUGCUCAGGAAAAUCCACAACUGACCCUCAGAUGACUGCAUUUAAGAAUCGAAGGAUGAAGCAUAUUUCAGCAGAACAAAAGAGAAGAUUUAAUAUCAAGAUUGGUUUUAGCACCCUGAACAGCCUGGUAUCAGCUAACUCUAAGUCAAUCAGCCAUGCAAUCACACUCCAGAAGACUGUGGAAUAUAUCGCUAAACUGCAACAGGAGAGAAUGCAGUCACAAGAGGAAACCAGGCGCCUCCGGGAGGAGAUUGAGGAGCUAAACGCUACCAUCAUUUCUUGUCAACAGCAGCUCCCUGCUACUGGGGUUCCCAUAACCCGACUGAGAUUUGAUCACAUGCGGAGUAUGUUUGAUGAGUACGUGAGAAACAGGACCCUCCAGAACUGGAAGUUCUGGAUUUUUAGUAUUAUCAUUAAGCCACUGUUUGAGUCCUUCAAUGGAAUGGUGUCUACGACUAGUUUAGAGGAUCUGAACCAGACCACAAUGACUUGGCUGGAUCAGCAUUGUUCGCUCCCUGUUCUCAGGCCAAGCCCUUUAUUCCAGUGGUGCUGAACACCCUUCGGCAUCUCAGUACAACCACCUCGAUUCUGUCAGAUCCAUCACGCCUACCAGAGCAAGCCACUGAGGCAGUUUGUAAGAUCAACAAAACAGCUGGAGAAACCUAACAACCACAAAUGAUGAGUUGCCUAUACAAGACGUGAAGAGCAUCCCAGCCUCAGACUUAUGAGUCUCCUUACAGUUCGUGCACUUUAGAAAGGAUUCUCUCUAUCAUGUAGGACAUUGUUCAGGGCAUUUUGCCUCUGGCUUCUGAACAUGUAGAGAUACAAUGCAACAUUGUCCAAUGCUUGGCUUCCUCUUCAAUACCUGUUAGGUUCAGUUAAGUGAGAGUGCCAACCUCAGAUACAUAAGUAGGCUAGAGUCCUGCAUUCAGCAAUAAAAAAAAAAUCUCCAUCAAUGAACCAUGAAUAAAUACACAGUGAACAUCUUUGCAUAAAAUGACUUUAAGUACUAAACAAGGUAUAAAUUCGCUACACCUAGAAACAAUUUGUUAAAGGGAAAUGCACAUCUGAUUUCAUGAAAGGUACUGUGCUUUUUCAUUUUAUUACCUGCUGUUCAAUUUCUUUGUGUUAUUUGAACAGUAAAAAAGUUGAUAAAAGAAUGAUCAACAUAUUAAUAACCAAAGGAGAAAAAUGUUAAUCAAAGAUACAAAAUCAUGGUAAAAUACUAGAAUUAAAAUCUCAGGUUGUGUAUGUAUCUUUAUUCUAAUUCAGUAUAUUAUUUGUAUGUGAUCAUUUGGUGGGUAUGCUUUAUUUCCUAGCAGAUGUUUUCGUAGAACUUUUUUCCUUGAUUUAGGCAGUACAAGUGCAUAGCAGGACAGUUUGGCAAGUACAAGAGAACAAUUUCUUUAAAAUGUGUGAAUUAUUUACUUGUAAAUAUAGACAUGAAUUUCCAUACAGGCUUAAACUGUAAACUGUUUUUUCUUACAUGCUGCAGAGUUGAACUCUCCAUCAUAACACAUGUGCACAGAUGAUGCUGUAAUGCUUUAGAGACAGAAACUGAGUUUGUAUUGCUAGGAAG